AUGGCCAGUCGCCGGCAGGGAGCUGUGCGCCCAGACCACCACCUCUCGCAGCCUCGGGUGCUUCCAGACCCUGCGCGCCAUGGCCUCCAGUCGGCCGCUGACCAUCCAGCUCCUGGUCUCUCUGGUCUCUCUACUCUGCCUUCCCAAGGUAGGGGCAUCGGGGAGGCCCCAGGGAAGGCUAUCCGGCUGGAUACCGGGGCAGGAGGGUGGGGUUCUUGGGACUCUCUGACCUCUUGCCCCCUGUUGCUCCCCAAGGUCCGCUGCGCCGGGGUCUUCGAACUGCAGAUCCACUCUUUCCGGCCCGGUCCAGGGUCCCCGGACUCUUCAGACUCCCCGUGUGGCUCCCGGGACUCCUGCCGUCUCAUCUUUCGUGUCUGCCUGAAGCCGGCGCUGCCCGACCGGAGCCCGGACCUGCCGUGUGCCUUGGGUGUUGCGCUCAGUACCCUGGGGACCCUUGAUCCCGGGGACCCCACCGAUCCCGGUCCGCAGCUCUCCCUGGCCGAGGGCCUCAUCCGUGUCCCCUUCCGUACCGCCUGGCCGGGGACUUUCUCUCUAAUCAUCGAGUCUUGGAGGGAGGAACUUGAAUCCAGGAGUAAGGAAGAGACGGGGGAGAAGCUUCCAGGGCCCGAUCGAAGUCUGUUGAGUCGGUUGGCUGGGCGGCACAGGUUGGCCGUCGGCGGCCCCUGGGCCCAGGAUGCUAAGCAGGCCGGAGGCUGGGAGCUCCUCUUCUCCUACAGGGUUCGCUGCGAGCCUCACUACUAUGGUCCUGCCUGUGCCCGCCUCUGCCGCCCUCGGGACGACCCCCUUGGCCACUUCUAUUGCGGGGCCAAUGGGGAGCGCGUGUGCAUGGACGGCUGGGUUGGAGACAUGUGUGCCCGGCCCAUAUGUCAGGCAGGUUGCAGUGCUGAGCAUGGCUCCUGUGAGAGGCCAGGGGAGUGCCAUUGUCGUCAAGGUUGGACCGGCCCCCUCUGCACUGUCCUAGUCCCUGGCAGUGACUGCUCCAGCCUCCCAGGAUUCUCCAGCCACCGAUGCCUCUUCCCAGCUGGACUGUGUGAUGGUCACCCAUGUACCAAUGGUGGCAGCUGCAGUGAGGUGGCUGGGGACUUUGAGUGCACAUGUCCACGGGGCUUCUAUGGAAAGCGGUGUGAGGUCAUUGGAAUGACGUGUGCUGAUGGGCCCUGCUUCAAUGGGGGUACUUGUAUGGAUGGCGGAGUCCCUGCUGGCUACACCUGCCGCUGCCCACCAGGCUUCCAUGGAUCCAACUGUGAGAAGAAGGUGGAUCGCUGUAGCCUACAACCUUGUCGCAAUGGUGGUCUUUGCCUGGACUUGGGCCGCGCCGUACUGUGCCGCUGCAGGCCCGGCUUCGGGGGUCCGCGGUGCGAGCGCGACCUGGAUGAUUGUGCGGGACGGCCCUGCGCCAACGGGGGCACGUGCGUGGAUGGCGCACACAGCUUCCGCUGCUCCUGUACGCUGGGCUUUGGGGGACGCGACUGUCGUGAGCGCGCAGACCCCUGCGAUCCCCAGCCUUGCGCGCACGGUGGCCGCUGCUACGCGCACUUCUCCGGCCACGUGUGCUCCUGUGCGCCGGGCUUCAUGGGCGCACGCUGUGAGUUCGCCGUGAAUCCCGGACCCACAGACGGGGAAGGGUCGGAACUCCAGCUUGCUCCCGCUCCGCCCCCGCCCGGGCCCCACCGCGGGCCCCCAGAAGCAGCCCGUAGCAGGCACUUACUGCCCCCGGCCUUGGGGCUUCCCUUCGCUCUGGUGCUACUGCUGGCCGUUGUGGCUGGAGGUGCGGCCCUCCUGGUUAGAGUCCGGGCUCGAUGGCGGACCCUGGGAGCGCGGCCCCUUCCUUCCUCUCCAGACCCUGCCCCGCCAACCCCUACUCCAGCCGACGCACUCAACAACCUCCGUGCUCACGAGAGCGGCUCCCUGGCCUCCGCUUUUCAGGGCCUCGGGAACUUAAAAGCGCCCAAGCACGAGCGGACUCAACGACUGCUGGAGCACCCGUCCGGGAUGAGGGCUGAAGAAUGGUGUCUUCCCGAGGACAGCGACCCCCGAACCAUUUAUGUCAUCCCAGACUGCUCCCUCUUUGCCAGAGAGGUCUGAAUCAGCCCUCCGCUGGACUUGUCCCUCUCUCCUCAUUCCUCGAAGACAUAGAGACGUUAACAUAUUUCUUCUCUGACGAUGUUUCUG